GAUGGGAAGACUCCUCAUCAUUGUUCUCAUUCGAAACCUCGUCAUCCUCAGAUAUCGAAUUGUUGUUAUCUGGAACGGGAGGAACUUUCUUGCGAUUCUUUCUUCAAAUUAAUUCAAAAUUGGUUUGUCUACGUACCUUGAAUACUGAUACCAUCAGAGGUCAUGGUAGGACGGAGACUUGGAGUCAAUAAUGACUUUUCAUCCUCAGUACCUCCUGAUCUGGAGUUUGGCACUGAAUUGGCACCACUCAAAAUGGACACUCUGAUGCUCAUCUGGAUUUCCUUGAACCGACAUUUUGUUAUGCGAUAAUUCUGGUUUUUUUGGGUUAAUAUUCUCCACAAUAUUUGACAUCAAAAUUCAAAACCUCUUUGGCUACCCUGUCAACAAAGUAGGAGCCUUCUAAAGGGCGCUCGUAACGUCAUGAAGCAAAGGCGAAGGCCUUAAAAGCGAGCGAUGAGGUCCACUACUUUGGUCUUUGCAGAGUUAGGAAGGCAUAUCCGGUCCGCGUCAAGGAAAACGGAACAAGAUGAUCGAGUCAACAGAUGGUACAGAACUUUAGGGGGUUAUCACCAAAACAAGAAACGCCUUCCACUUUGAUAAGGCUUCAAAUGUUAAAAUUGUGUUCCAAUAUUCAUGACUUGAAGCUGAUAAAUAUUUCAAAUAUUCAGCCAUGUGUAGCUUUUUGAUCAGUUAUUGAUUCUCCAUGGAUCUGGGACAUUUGAUCAAAGUGUCCUCGGUGGAUGAGGUGGUGGUGCAUUGGCCAUGGAAUGAAGCUCCAUGGAAAUCCCGACUUAGUCUGUCGGUUCACCAUCUGAUUUUGACACCGCAUCAACAGUGUUCCAGAACUAAACCUAAAGAAGUGAUACAAAUUUUACACCGUGGAAUUGAUGCAAUCAUUCGGAGACCCAAUCCGACGAACAAUCAAACCAAUGGAUCCAUUCUAGUCAAAUGCAAGGAUCUCAGGAUUAUCCGGAUUGAUGGGACAUCAUUUGACGAACUGAACUCUGUAGCCCAGUCCCUCGAAAAACUUGCUGCAAUUGAUGACAUCACCAGAAGCUUCGCUUUUUCCUACACUCCCGAUUUCAAACCUUUGGAAGACGGUUGGAAUGCGUUUCCUUUGGAGGUCGAGUUUUCCCCACUGCUAAUAUCACAAUCUUCCGAUUGGCGUGUCAGUUACGUAAAUAAAGACUUCUCUGUUUGUAGUUCUUAUCCUCGAGCUGUGAUUGUACCCAGCUCCAUCACAGACGAGCAACUGAUAUCUUCCGCUAACUUCCGACAAGCUGGCCGAUUCCCCGUUUUAAGUUAUCGACAUACAACAGGUCAAGUGAUAGUCAGAUGCAGUCAACCUCUCACGGGACCUCAAAUGAGACGAUGCAAAGAUGACGAGAAAAUCUUGGCGGCCUUGAUCCACCGCCAAAGACGAGGUUUUAUCAUUGAUACUCGAACCCAAUCCGUGUCACAAUCGGCCAAGGCCAAAGGGGGAGGCUUCGAAGUGGAGCAAUACUAUCCGAGAUGGAAGCGGAUCAACAAGUCCAUUGAUCGCUAUCAUUUCUUAUUGGAUUCAUACUCGAAGCUCAUGGAGGCCUGCACUGAUACCAGUACCUCAUGUGAGAAAUGGCUUAGCCGAUUGACCAUUUCCAGUUGGCUCACACACGUCAAAGAAGUCCUCAAUUGUGGCUGUUUGAUCGCCCAAUGCCUCGAAAAAGAGUACGCAUCUGUGGUUGUCCAUGGCUCGGAAGGAAUGGACAUCUCUCUUUGCGUGACAUCAUUGGCUCAAAUGAUCUUGAGCUCAGACUGCCGGACCAUCAGAGGGUUUGAGGCCCUGAUUCAGCGAGAAUGGGUGGAGGCUGGUCACCCAUUUUGGUCCCGCACGAGUAAGGGAGCCUUCAACGAGUCUGUGGCCAGCAAGUCCAAGAGCCACGCCCCCACCUUCACCCUCUUCUUGGACUGCGUUUGGCAGAUCUACAACCAAUUUCCGUGUUCUUUCGAAUUCACGGAGAAAUUCCUCAUCUUCUUAGCCGAUCAGGCCUAUUGUUCCAAUUUUGGAACAUUUCUCUGUGAUAAUGAACGAGAACGAGAACUCUUGAAGGUGAAAGAAGAUACCUUAAGCCUAUGGUCCUACCUCAAUCGGCCUGAGAUCUUGGAACCAUACAUCAACUGCUUGUAUGAUCCCAACAAGAACAUCAUUUGGCCUUCAGUGGCUCCGAUUAGCCUAAAUUUGUGGCCUGGCAUGUACCUAAGAUGGGUUUUGGGACCCUCGCCGUCCACGUUGGCCUUCGAAAAGGCUCAGCUCAUUAUAAAGAGAAACAAGGACGCUCGAACCAACGUGGUUCGACUUCGACGGAAGUUGAUUGAUUUGAUGGGCGAGGCUGAGAAAUUGGGUCUUUUAGAGGCGAAUCCAGAAGGCGACGAGAAAGACAAGAUGGCGGAUGAGGAAGUGGCGGCCAUCAACAACGGAAUCCAUAUGGUGAACGAGAUUGAAGCCACGCUUUGAUGUGAUAGGAUAGGGAUGUAUGUACGUUCAUGUGGCCAUGUAAUCAAAGUCGCACAGACAAUGUGUAGAUGACUUAAUGAGUGAUAAAAUAGAUGGAGAUGUCCCCAUGGAAGAUGUUCGGUCCAAUUUGUGGUUCGUGUUUCAUUUGGACAUGGGUUAACGUAA